AUGGAUCUCGACGGUGAUUCACGCUAUAAAGAUAUCGACUCUCAAAGCACUAGCGACAUCACAGACUUUCAACCCAUCAAGCGACGUAGUUCUUCCCUCCCUUCCAUCCUCCUCGGCUGUAUAGCCAGCUUCGCAUUAGCCGCCUUGCUCAUCACCGUUGUGCGUUGGCCAUGGUCCAAAGGCGAUUCCGGCUACUACGCAUACACAGACUGUGGAUUGACACCCGAGGAAGCGCGAUCUAAAGGAUGUAGCUACUAUCCCAUGGGGCGCUUUUGGGCGCCUCCCGAAUGUUCGUUUCCCGAAGGUAACGACAACUAUCAUCCCUUCCGCGACCGGGAAUGGUUCGUCGACACGAACUUGACGAUUCCUGCCGACAUCUCCCGGCUAGAGUCAGGUGAUGACCGUCGGGCUUUUACUCGUUACUGGCAUGAUGAGCAUUGCACAUUUGUGCUACAAAAGUUGGCGUUGGCGGUUGCGCUGAAGAAAACGAUGGUCCCAGGAUUGGUGGGAAGUAUUCAUCAUGUUAAUCAUUGUGCGAUGACGAUUACGAAAACGAUCAAGAAUGCGUAUAAUGAGACUUUCCUUGCGAAUGAUAUGUCGAUAACGGAGAGUACUCUGGGCUUCAUGCCUUGUGUACCACUUAAGAGCCUUAUGGACAAUCCAGGAUACGAAAAUUAA